AUGCCGUCCUAUGAAUACAACGACCUCGCGCCCUCGGGCUCGCCACCCCCACCCUCCUAUGAGAUCUCCCAGCACGAUUUCGACCAAAAGACCUCUCAUGUUAUCGAGCAGACCGCGAACGGGCCCCCGCCCCGCAGAGUCGACGACGAAGGCUUUGAGAUCUGGGAUGACGCUCUUUUCGAUGCCGCUCGGAUUGGCGUAAACAACCUCUCGCUCAACGCCGGCCAGUCUUCGCGCUUGUCUGCCGGCAGCAGUUCAACCUCUCCUAUCGCCCCUCCCUCGUUCCCUGAUCCAAAGUCGCCCUAUGGAUAUCCACCAGAGAAGGGCCGUGCGCCGCCUUCCGCGGUGCGCGCGCUGCCCUCCAUGACCACCAACAUGGGCGCUCCUUCCCACCCUGGGACCAGCUCUGGAUCACACUCUUUCGCCGCAUCUUCCCAAUCGCCCCCUCAAUAUGCCGCCCCUCCUCUCCAGCCCUCGCCUGCGACGGAUGUUCGCCCGCUGAGAGUACAGAAAAAGCCGGCGCGCCAGCAGAAGGAGCGUCCUGCAUGGUACCGCGAGGCGGGGCUCGGUGGAGGCAGCCCCCCGCCGUCCCCGCUGCAGUCGACCGUGGGCAGCUCGUCCUCUCGAAGCGGCGUGCCGCCCCUUCGGCGCGGUCUCACCGUGUUCAACGCGACCGAACGCGACACCACGCCUCCCCCCGAAUUCUCCGCGGUCGGACCUACGCUCGACGGCCCGCCGUACGAGGUCGUGCUCGCGUACCAAGGCUCGCAACAAGGACUUGACACGGAGCCUGCUCGGCCUCUCUACCACCGCGCCUCGCCUGCGCCGCCUGCGGCGAGGGUGACCCCUACUCCGCCAGAGCUGUCCCGGACACCGCACCCCCCUGGGCAUGGGCUUGUACACUCGCAGACUGCCCCGGAUGCAGGGCCCCAGCCGCGACACCUCUCACACCACCCCACCCACGCCCAGUCAUACCCCCCUGUGCCCGUCCCGGCCCAUCAAGCGAUUCCCCGUCCGACCGCGGAGCGCUCUGUGCCGGCUGUUACCCGUCCACCCGUUUUCCAAACACCACAGUAUGGGCCCCGGGUAUCUUUCAACCCGCAGUCAGCGUACCCCAAGCCUGCCUUCGCCAUGAUGCCGACACACUCGGAAGACGCGGAAGCCCCAGUGACCGACGUAUCGGCGUUCUACAGCAACGCGGUUUCUGCGCAGUUCUCGUUUAACGUGCCGGCUCGUAUGAAGCGAACCUCAUACAUGGAGCAGUGA